AUGGCUGACUCUAACCAACGUGCAAAGAUUCGUGCGCCGGAGAAGAUACGGAUCGCCGGCUGCCCUCCACCACCGCAGCGGGACUUCAAGAUGAAUGUCCUAUACAAGACGAUGGAUGUUCUGGACAAGAUGGAUGCUCUGUCCAAGAAGGUGGAUGCCUUGUCUGAGAAGGAGGAUGUCCUGGACAAGAAGAUCGACCUCCUCUCCAAGGUCCUUGAUCUCGCGUGUUAG